GAGAAUUGCGCCAUGAGCGCCCCUCCAGCGCGUUAGGUGGCAGUAAUGCGCUCAGGAGCUGCUCAUACGAGAAAAUAAAGAAGAAACAGUCACAAAUGGAAAAAUGGCUGCUCCUGUUGGAUGUGAUCACUACAUACGCAGCUGUUUUUUGAAAGCUCCAUGUUGUGGUAAAGCGUAUGUUUGUCGCCUGUGUCAUGAUGCUGAAGAGGACCAUCAAAUGGACCGCUUCCUGGUCAAAGAGGUGCAGUGCUCAGUCUGCAACACAGUACAGCAGGCACAAAAAACCUGCCAGGAGUGUAAUGUUACAUUUGGGGACUAUUACUGUGAUAUCUGUCACCUGUUUGAUAAAGACAAGAAGCAGUAUCACUGUCAGCCCUGUGGAAUAUGCAGGAUUGGACCAAGGGAGAAAUACUUCCACUGUCAGAAGUGCAAUCUCUGUUUAGCCAGUGAUCUACGAGGAAAUCACAAGUGUGUUGAAAAUGUUUCAAGACAGAACUGCCCAGUGUGUAUGGAGGAUAUGCACACAUCAAGAAUAGGAGCUCACGUUCUUCCGUGUGGCCAUCUUCUACACAAAACUUGCUUUGAUGACAUGGUCCAAACUGGUGCAUAUCGCUGCCCACUCUGUAUGCACUCGGCCUGGAAUAUGGAGGACUCCUGGGAGCAGAUGGACAAAGAUAUGGCUCAGUCACCCAUGCCCACUGAAUACCAGGAUGCCACUGUGAAGAUCAUAUGUAAUGACUGCCAAACCCACUGUACAGUGCCUUUUCAUGUUCUGGGAAUGAAGUGCAGUGGCUGUGGGUCCUACAACACAGCACAGGAUGGGGGACUGAUACAGCAGCUCCAGGAGCCACAGCCCCAGGAGCCACAGCAAGAGCCAGAGCAUAAGCCCCAGUCCCCAGUGCCAGAACCAUAGAAUUAGAAUAUCUAUAAUUAUAUUUCUAUGGAGAAAACAUUAGGAGUCCACCCCGUAGUUAUCUCUCUGCUCCACCCUACUUCCCCAGUCUACACAGACUUAACUAUACUAUCCACAUCUUUCCCAACGUUGCUCUGCCAAGAGUACAGUUAGUCAUGCCUGGGUUCCAGAACCUGGUUCCAAGUACUUGGGGUCUUAAACUUUUAUCCACAGUCUAGUGUGUUGUACAGUCGUUUUUGGAUUGAAUUUCUGUUAUUACAUACCCAUUAAAAAGCCAUUGCUAUUGAACUAUUUGUUUCUCAGAUAAAAAGCCAGCAGAAGAGAAUUGUGAAUGAGGAAUUCAUUUUCUUAUAGAUUCUCCGGUACUUUUUGUAUACUUUUUAACCAGUAGUUCUGAAAGUAGAGCUCGCUAGCCAAAAGUGGACCCCGAAAAUUGUGCACUGUGUGACGUGAAGAUAUGUGCACCACAUCAUUGCUCUUUGCUGUGUUUAGUGAGCCGUUGGGCCCGCCCUGCAACCAACCUCAUUGGAUAACGCUGGGCAGACCUCUUGUUGGCUGUCACUCAAAUGUGAGGGGCUGAAACUUAUUGACUAGAACUCAAAUUGCUAGGCAGUUGGCCCACUUGGGGGGAAAUGGAGGGAAAAUGGAGUGGAACAGCUUCAAGAAAACAGUUGCUUUCAAACUAGGGAUUUCGUGGCUAAUUAAGGUAAAACAGUAAUUCUGCUCAUAGAUUAUGCAUGUAUGAACUAUACAUUGACACAUCCAGUCCAAAGCGGGAGGUUUAAAAAAUACUUUCUUAGUUGCCAAAGUACCGGAGUAUGUCUUUAAUGUGGAAAUCAGAUGCCUAUAAUAUCUAAUAUAGUCAGCCACACAAUUUAUUUUCCCAUUUUGUCCCAAGUUGGAAUGGAUUCCUAUUUGUCAAUAAUAACGCUUUCACAAAAUGUAUAUAUAUAUAUAUUAUUUUUUUUGUAUAUGUUUUGUGAGGAGUUUACCAAUGUUUGAGCGGCUUUGCAUGUCUAAAAGCCUAACUAAAUGUUUUAGACUGACAUUUUACAAUAGUAAUGGGAUUUAAUGUUUAUUUGUAAAACUCAGGUAUUUAACAAAAAUAUUUUAUAUACUGUGUAACAUCAAAUCGUGUUCAUUCCAUUUAUGAGCUGAAUAUACAUUUUACUUAGUCCUGUGGAUUAUCAUGAAUAACACAUGUAUGUAAAUUAUUGAAUAAAUACUGCAGUUAGACAAUGGCUGUUGGCAACUAUAUCUCAUUCCAUGCUUAACUCAUAUUGUUGGUACUGUUGCUCAAACAAAGGAGAGAAGUGGAGUAUGAAAAUAUUGCAUCUGUAUUGCCAUUGGUGUCAUUCAUUGAUGUGGGUGUUGGGAUUCAGUGACAUUUUAACAUAACUAAUAAUAAAUACCCAUGAUUGUGAUGAAUGUAAU